UCUCUCUCUCGUAUGUAUGUAAUGUUGUCCGUCAGUUGACCGUGCAACAUCCCUCAUUUCUGCUCUCAUCUCUCCUAGCUCGUGCAUGAUGAUUAUUCUCUUUAAGACUCUUCAACUCUUCAUUUUCCUCUCCAUCGUUUGCUGUUAUGCGGAGGUGGUAAGGAGUAAGAGUAAAGUUUGUGCAAAUGUCUUCUGCGGAGCUGGAAGAGAAUGUGCCGUGACAGAGAAAGGAAAACCCACCUGCCUGUGUGUCGAACAAUGUAAACCGCACAAGCGUCCUGUUUGUGGCACCAAUGGAAAGACGUACCGUAACCACUGUGAACUGCACCGGGACGCCUGUCUGACUGGACUCAAAGUGCAGAUCUCUCAUGAUGGACAUUGUGAAGAGAAAAAACAGGAAAAGAUUGUCAACAGCCCAAUUGUUUGUUAUCUCACGGACCGCAAUGAGUUGCGGAGUCGCGUGAUUGGAUGGCUGCAGUCGGAGGUGGAGCCUGACGGAUGGUUCUCCAAAGGGUCCCACUUGUCGGAUGUCCUAAUCAAAUACUUUAAGAACUAUGAUAAUGGAGACGCUCAGCUGGACUCCACCGAAUUCCUGAAGUUCAUUCAGCAAAAUGAGACUGCCAUGAAUUUCACCUCUCCUUAUGCUGAAGAGGAGAACAACCGCCUGCUUAGGAGUCUGUGUGUGGACGCUCUUAUUGAGCUCUCUGAUGAAAAUGCCGACUGGAAACUGAGCUUCGAUGAGUUCCUCAACUGUCUCCGGCCUGGAUUCAACCCACCUGAGAGAAAGUGUGCAUUAGAAGAUGAGACAUAUGAGGAUGGAGCUGAGACUCAGGUGGACUGUAACCGCUGUGUCUGUGCCUGUGGAAACUGGGUCUGCACUGCUGUAGUCUGCGAUGGUUUAAAUAAGCUACCUGAUCUUGAGGAAACAGAGGAAGAUGAACAGGAAAUGACAGAAGAGGAGUGGACUCGAAGAGUGGUCGAACUCAACAAACUUCAGGAAACUGUGGAGAAGAUAAAAGUGACCACUAAAGAUGUAUAAGAGAAAGCAGGAUGCAGAUUUUAGCUUUAAUAAACUAGUGUUUACUAAAAAGAGGCGGUUUAGAUAAAUAUUUUUCACUUUUUUAUGUUAAUUAUUGAAUUUUUUAAAACAUGUAUUCAACUAUAUAUUUUUUAGUUUUUGUAUUUUUUGGGGGGAUAUUAUAAGACUUACUGCUGGGUAAGUAAGGGGUAAUGUAUAGAGGCAGCCGGUAGUUAUCGGGAAAUAA